UCAAAAGACAAAGCUUAUCUGUAUUUAUACCAUCAUUGAUUUUCUCACUAAUCUAAUCUAUUAGCUAUAUCAUGCGGCGUAAAUUCAAUCUCGUACCACGUUUCCUUUCGAGUCUUAAAUACAACCGAACCAUUCAAUGAAUAACACAACCAUUGAAUGCAGAAUAAAAAGAGAGAGAAAAAAAAAAAACUAUAGCGUUCGUGGAAAAUACGUGUGCAUCGUAGACGGCAUAGCGUGAAAGCUGAGGAUAGAGUUUUCACAAAUGAUCGUGCUCAGUGACGGUGAACAGAUAGAGGACAAAUAGGAGAAACAGAAGGGAGGAGCAGAAGGCCGGCCAAGUUUGCCAAUUUCGCGGUGCGAUUGAACCCGGCCGGAUGUGCUCGGCAAGACAUAAUUGUAUAAACUUGUUUCGCGAGAAAACUUCAUGCAGGUUGGUACAAUAUUCGUCGCACAAAUUUAGAACACAAUUUUCCACGUUGUAACAUUUCACAAUUAGUGCCACGCGUACACGGGGAUUGUCGGUAUUCACGUCGUCGAGGAAUCUUCGAGCCGGCGAUCAGGAGCGACACAUUGAUGCGACGGCGAUCGAUCCGUGGACCAAGUGACGAGGCACCGACGCGCCGCCAAGGAAAUCUCCACAGACAACACUUCCUUGGCAAAGUGACGCUCAAGGCGGUCACGGAUUUCUCGCUCCUGUCUAAAUUAAGGAAAUCCUCGGGAUGGAGCUAAGAACGGCGAAACUGUUACUCUACUCGACGCUAAUGGUGGUGGUGUGUUGGAGCCAGGAAUAUUGGACGGCUCAGUGUGCAUCCUCGUGCAAGUGCAGAUGGAUCUCCGGGAAGAAGGCGGCCGAGUGCAUCCGGCAGAAUCUCUCUCAGAUACCUGUCGGCCUGUCGCCCGAGAUCCAGAAUUUCGAUCUGACCGGGAAUCGCAUCACAUACCUGAUGCACGAGUCGUUCAGCCGGGUGCACCUGGUCAACCUUCAGAAGCUGGUGCUGCGAAAAUGCGAGAUCGAGUUGAUCCACACGGACGCGUUCAACGGGCUGAAGAUCGUGAUCGAGAUCGAUCUGUCGGCGAACAACAUCGGAACGUUGUACCCGGGCACGUUCGAGGAGACUCAACGGCUCAGGGUGUUGCUGUUGAACGACAACAAGCUGAAGGUGUUGGAGAACGGCCUGUUCCACAAUCUCAAGUAUCUGCAGAAGGUGGAGUUGUCGAACAACGAGCUUGAAAGGAUAGACGACAAGACGUUUCGCAAUUUGCCCGAGCUACGCUCCUUGACCCUGGACGCGAACAAUCUGAGCGCGUUGAAGGUGCAGAGCUUCGAGACGUUGCCCAAACUCGGCAGCCUCGAGCUCCACAACAAUCCGUGGAAUUGCAAUUGCCGUUUGAAGAGAUUUCGCGACUGGACGAUAGAAAAGAAACUGUACACGAAGCCUACCACUUGCCAGCAGCCGGAGAGUUUGGCAGGGAAGAUGUGGGACGAGAUCAGCAGCGACGAGUUCGCUUGUAGGCCGGAGAUAUUCACGAUCGGACCGUCCGUCAGGGUGGAGGUCGGCAAGGGGAACGUCACCUUUUGGUGCAGGGCCUCCGGGAUCCCGCGGCCGCAGCUAUCUUGGGUGCAUCGGUCGCGAGUAAUAAACAAUCACACGAGAAGGCACAACGGGGAGAAAAUCUACAUCCUGAAAUCUAACCACGAGUGGCUGAACCUCACGAUACCGGACGUAGCGCACUCGGACAAGGGCGAUUACGUCUGUUUGGCGAAAAGUCCGGGCGGAAAUACGGAGAAGAACGUGACCCUGACGAUCGCAGGCGACGCCCUAGGCGGCAAGGACAACAUAAUCAGUCUGCCCCUCGCCCUCGGCCUGGGCGUGACCGCGUUGCUGCUUCUGAUCGUCACCGUCACCCUUUGCGUGUGCUACUGCCGUCGCCGUCGUAUCAGGCACGACGAGAAGAGCCUAGAGGCCGCCUCGAUGGAGCACCACGGCCUAGGCGAGCAGGAGAAGUCCCUCAUCACGACCAUAAAUCCCGUGGUGAAGCCGCCCAGGCGUUACGAGGCGCCUUCGGUGACGUCGCACGGCACCGAGAUGACGGAGCUGAAUCGCACAUUGCUCGACAACGACUCGGUCUUCGCUGAUGGUAUCGGUGGCGGUGUCGGCAGCGGGGUGAUCGGCGGCGUCGGCGACGACGAGAGGGAAGAACGAGCGACGCCGGAGCUCGAGAGCGGGACAGGCACCUUAUGCCGCGGCGGAGGCGGAAGCUAUCGCCAGUAUCCGCCGGAUUUGUUGGCCUUCUCCGGGGGCCGGGGCGCAUCGCCGACUAGCCAGGCGUCCACGGCGCCGGACAACACGCGUCUUCCGAGUCAGCACGCGACGCCCGCCACGGCCGCGUUCGGCUCCCCCUCGAAUAACCAAUACCCGGCCGCGUUCAAGACAUUGCCGCACAACCGUAGCGUCACCCCGUACGGGAUCACGAGCUCGACGAUCGCGCCCGUGAUGCCCCGCCACGGCUACGUGACGAUACCCAGGAGGCCAAGGGCGCCCAGUUGGAGCAGCGGCCCCCCCACCUCGCCCACCGACGGAUUGGAGCCGGUUUACGACAAUCUGGGGCUAAGGACGACCGCGGACGGUAGUUCGGUGCUGUCGUUGAACAAGAGCCCCGAACCACUGUCCACGAUGAGGAACAGGCCCCUUCCCGGAACGCCGGGCUCCCAUUACGGCACCAUACAACGAAGCACCCCGAACAUAUUGACAAGCAGCCCGCUCGACAGAUCCGCGCCCGAGGGCGCGGCUGAAUGGCCGUCCAAGAUCGCCGACGAGUCGACGGACAGCACGAACCAACUUCUUGGACAACAGACGCAGCAGCAACAGCAACAGCAACAACAGCAGCAGCAGCAACAGUCGGGGAGUAGUAGCACGCUUAACAGGAAAGUGCCACCGAGACCACCGCCGAAACCCAAGAAGAAGUCGACCAACGGGCCUCUUUACGAGGAUGAGGGUGAGGACGGUACGGAAGUAUGAUCGAUGUACGUCGGCCGGCGAAGAUGAGGCCGCGAGGUGGUGGCCGUGGUGAGCACAAGGGACGCAUGACCGAAGCCACAAUAAACCGGUAGUGCCUUUCGAGAAACGAGUUGACGAUCCCCGCGGGGGGGAUGCCGGAGGAUCGUCGAUAAUAUAACGGUUGGAGCGCGUUCCGAGGUCCGGCCGGCAAAUGUGCUGACGAACGAGCGUGCGAGGGCUUCCAACGUCCGGCGACGAGAGGGAUCGUCGGUCUAGAUCCGCCGACUCGCCGGAAGAAACGCAGCGGCGAAACAUCUCGGGCGAGACGCCUUUUGCCGGUCGUUCUUUCUUUGCUCGUCGUGUUCCCUCUGUCUCUCUCUCUCUCUCUCUCUCUCCUCGUGUAUUCCUUUUAUUUAUUUUUUCGCACGCUUGUCACGGAAACAAUAUUACGUUACGUGUAUAUGUGGCUCGUGAGAUCGAUAUUUAAAACAAUUAUCCGGAAUUCUGGAUCGUUUCGGAUCAUUUUAGGGGAAUUUGUUUUCGAUUGAAACAAUCUCGGAUGGACGGUCGUGUUGAAGGUUCGUGUCUCGGUCUCUGGAUGUGAGGAGAGAAAUAGUGUAGAGAUCUUGUGCCGUUGGAUGAACAUUUAUCAUGUGUGUAAAAUACAACGUAACGAGAUAAUUAGCAUUAAGGAUAACGUUGAUAGACGUUCGUCUUAUUUAUUGACGUGCUUGUUGCAUGCCAAACGGAGGAGGAUCACACAUUCGAGCCACAUUCACAUCGUGUGAACGAUCCAUAUUAUUUUAUUACUAUGUCGAGACGAUCAUGCGAUUAAUACCUCUUAAUUUUUACUUCUCCUUUUAUUUCUCUUCUUCCCUUUUUUUUUUAUUUAAAUUUUGUACACCCGCCGACGUGCCUUCGUCAGGCAUUUUUACACGAUAUUUCGAAUUUAUUAGCGUUUAUUUUAUUAUCUCUCCAGGGGAGUGAAAAGCGAUGCUGGCUGCUAUUGUUAGAGUUUAAGAUUUAUACUCGUUUUUUUUUUCUAUAUAUAUAUAUAUUUUUUUCUUAAUUUUAUAUUACGCAUUGGUACUUGAGCGGAUAUCCGUUUUAACGAUAUGUAAAAUCAAGAGAGUAAAACAGAGAGACAGGAAACCACACGCGUAUGGUUUCGUAUUGUGUAAUAAGAUCAAUAAUGAUCGAAGAUGUUAAAAAGUGACUUGUUUGUAUAAUAACGCGUAAUGUAAAUCUUCCGACUGUAUUCGCUCUUAAAAUGAUAAAAAAUAUCGCUCGGAUAUUCCAAAAAUCUGAGCGUUUAAUCCCGAGAGUUAAGUCGGUAUAUAAUAAAUCGGUAUAAUUCGAUCGGUUCCAUAGAUUUUCGUCUCUUCGAUCCGUGAGCCACGAGCCAGCACCCUUAAUUUUGUCGCGGAUAUUUAUUAAAAGAUUACCGCGAUCGGAACUCGGGUAAUUUUAUCGCGUUGAAACCCUCUACAGUACUCAGAAAUAUUUUAAUAUUUGCGCGAGGCCGUAUUACUUCAUCUCCACAAAGAUGGAUCUCAGCAUUGACCGCGUUGGCGAAUCGCCGAAUACGUGUUGUAAAAAAAGGAUCAUCGUACGUCUUUGUACAUAAAAUUGUAUAUUAUACUACUUAAGAGAUUAGUCUGUCUUCUGAUCGUUCGAUUCGAAUACGCUUUUGCGGAAUCGUACGUAAAAAAAAAGCACACACAUACACACACACACACACAUACACACACAACGGUUUUGCACGAAAGAAACGUGUGGCGAUAACCUAGAGGCGAGGCACGUCUAUCUUCGAGUUAGGGAUCACAACAAAGUGAUAGACAUACAACCAACUUAGACCUUUUUAAUUGAUUAAAAGAAGAACGCUGUCGUAUACGCGAUGCCGUGAAAAUUGCGAAAUUCACGCGCGAUUCAAUUUAAAUUUACUCGUGUAGGAACUUGCUAAAAAAACCUAGUAGAGUUGUGUGGAAUCGUACUUUGUCCAAUUUCGGAACGGGAUCGAAAUGAUUUGGACAAGAUCGGCCGAGAUAAAUGUUGCAUUGAUCCCGAAUUUUCGGCCGAUCCAAAAAGAAAAAAGUAUAUACUGCCAUAUAUGCUUAUAUCCCGAACCAAUAUACACGAAUUUAAUCUGAUCCAGCUUUGACUCGAUCUCGAUCCCGUCGAAAUCCGAGAACUUCACAAGGAUUCCACAAACCUCUCGAACGAAGGGACAAGGCUACGCGUUCAAAGCGAUCGAUCGUGAAAUUUCUUUUCUCCCGUGAAACACGCGGCUCAAUCUUCCUUUUCAUCGAUCUUCGAUAACCACGAUUACGUUCCCCGCGUUUACGGGGGAAUUCUCGCGAUAGUUCCCGGCCCAUCGAUCUCCUACACGUCGAACGAAACCGGUUGACCGGUUGAAGGGAAAACAAUUUUAAACCGAUUCGGUUACCUUAACGGCCCCGCGAAUACGGGAUCGAAAAAGAGAUCUAGUUCUCUAGGACUAAACAUUUAUGAGCCGCGCGAACUUGUUAUACGCCUUCGAUACGGGUCUUUAUGUUGCGUUUUACACGCGACUUUAUCGACAAGGGAGGGAGGAUUCAAAGAUCGAUCGAUUCGCGCAACUUGUUGCGACGACCACCGAUUCCGAUGUGAUUAAUUCUCGGUCGGUUCAAGAGGAGGAGUAAUUUCCAACGAUUUUAUAUAAUAUUUCUAACAAACGGCUACUUAACUUUCUUUCGAUCACGAAACGUUGGACGCACAAAGGGACGCCACGAAACAUUUUAUUUCCUUUAUUUCUUUCGUGAAAUAUCCGUUUUUAAUUUCGAAGUUAAAAACGAACGGACGUUUAAUGCAUAAGGGAUUUUGCUUUUGAAUUUUUCAUUAUUGGAUUUUUCUUAUCCGAAAGCGAUCUCUUAAUUAUUUUAAGCAGCACAGUUUGCGCAGGAUAAUCUGAAUUUGCUCGUUAAAAGCACAGGAUAUGUCACGUAAUUGAAGGGAUUUGAACGUUCUGUUUGCUUGAAAAUAGGACAAAUGGAAGAGGAAAAGAGUUGAGUGGUAUAAAUUUUAUCCUGCCUUUUACUACGAAAAGGGUAUACGUGUUCUUUUUUUUUUCUUUUUUUCUUUUUUUUCUUUUUUGAGCGCGGAUAAAAAUAAUACUUUUUCAAAAUAUUUCAAAAAUUACAAACUUUUCUAUAACCGUUAUAUAACGAUCGAAGACUGGACGUAAAAAUAGGCUGCCUAAGAGAUUAAUUUUAAGGGAACAAUCUAUUAAAAUUUUUUAUUUUAAUAAUUUAAAGUUUUAUUGAUUAACGAAAAGAAGAAAAAAAAGGGAGAAAAACAUAAACAUUAUCACACCUCUUUUUUAUUGUUUUAUCUAUUUUCAACCAAAUGGAAAUAACAGAUUUCUUAUAUCUAUUUUGAAAUAAGGAAUCUUUCCAUAAGAUAAGAGCUAUAUAUACUGACAUCGAUUUAUAAAUUUCGAUGGACAGAUCCAUGUUGGUGGAUGAAAUAUCUUCCCCGAAAAUUGCAACGCACCUAAACAGUAUUACGAAAUAAAUCUCGGGAGGACGAUGACGCGCGAUGUCGAUGGGACAGCGCGGAGAAAAUCACGGCGCGAUCGUGUAACUUCGUUUCCUCAGCUACAUUCCGACAAAUAAUCGAUCGUUUCGCGAAAAAAUACAAAAAUACAAAAUAAAAAAAGGGCAUAAAAUUAAAAUUAAAAUAAAAAAAAAAGAAAAGAAAUAGGUGCCAAUGUACAGUUAUCUCCUAGGUAAUCGUUUUGGAAGCAACAGUUUAAGAGACGAAUAAUUCUUUUUUUUACAAGAUUUAACGGAGAAUAAACGUGCGUACACCUAAAUAUUAUCACGGAAUAGUAAAUUCACCGUAGAUAAUUAAUCGAAGAAGAGAUCCAUCUAAUCUCUAUUCCUUGUAAUUUCAAAUUAUUUUUACUGUCUCGAAAUCAUCAAGUUAUCUACUAUCAAGAAUCGAUGAAAUCUAAUUUUACAUAACAAUUUUCACAAAUCUCACUCUACUUUAUAUUAAAAUUAAAAAUUCGUUGAAACUUCGCAGAUCUGUCACGCAAAAAAUUCGAAGAUUUCUUCUAGACGAGUUUGAAGAUCUAACUUUUUCUAGUAAUAAAGGGAUACGUACGAAAGAAACGUAGGAAAUUUCAUUCCCAAAAUCCUCGAUUCGCACAAAGAAAGCCUCGUAUCGCCGGAAACGAGGUUACACGAAUAUCGCCGUGAUAUAUUUUAAGCGGCCUAGCAGAGUCGCGGUUCGUCCGAUCCAAUCGUUCUGCCGCGCCCUGUAAAUACACACACACAUGCGCACACACACACAAACACACACGGACCUUAAUUGCACGCUAAUUCACGACGAAUUGUUUAUAAUUGUAAAUGUGGGCACGUUCGGAACAAGCGCGGCAGCGACGAUCGGUUGGUACGGCGCCACGAGUAUAUUUUUGUAAUUUUGUAUUUUGACGUAUGUUCUCCGUAUAUCGCUUCGGCGCCCACGAUUAUCGCGCCGGGGAAGAUACUUUCGUCUCACGUUUCCAAGGAAUUAAAUCCAGGAUCCGUCACGUUUCGGGGAACCAGAAAGAGAACGAGCGGUGAAAUAUAAGCGGGGCGGUCGUCGGAUUUCUCCACGAUUUCUCCACGCCGUCAUCUCCUCACCUCGUCGUUUAAUUUCCCUCCCCCUCCUCCUUCGUAUAUGCACGUUCUCGAUUCAACUCGACGUCGAGAUCGGGCGACUCGAUCUGAAUGAAAAAGAUUUCGUCAAGGAUUGUUUCUCAUUUUCCUUUUAUCAUUUAAUCAGAAACCGUUUAAUAAUAAUAAUAAUAAUAUCCUAUCCGAUAAAUCCACUUUUAAUAUAACCAAGUUAAGGAAAAUAAAAUUCAAAAUAUCAUCAUGUACAUUAUUUAUAAAAAGAUUUGUUCUUUCGGAAAUGAUAAAUCUUGAUAAAACGUAAUCCUUUAAUCUUUCACAGACGUUUAUUUACGCGUUUAUUAAACGAUAAAAAAAAUAAAAACUCGUCCACUCGAAGAUAAAAUUAAGCGGAAACAAAACACCUUUACCCAUUGUUGAUUUGUUUCGAACCACUUCCAAUCCUCCAAUCGCCUCCCCGUCUCUCCCCAUCCAAGUAACUCGUGUAUACGCGAAAAUAGAACGUGCAUCGUACGAUCCCCUCAAUUAUAUGUAUGCGAUGGGGGAGGAGGAAGAAGAUCGACCCCUCUCUCCCCCAUACGUACUAUUAGCCGUGGCGUGUUUACCAGGGAUGCGCAUGACGAGGCAGCGUCACUCGCCGCGCGCAAUUAUUAUAUGCCGAGGAUACUUUGUGCGCGCAGUUAGGCUGUUCGCAUUAAUGAGCGAAACCCCCUUUGAUGGAAACUUGCCGCAAUAACACGGUUUACGCGUCACCCUGCUCCUCCACCCACAUCCCCUUCGAGACGAUCCCUUCGCCCUCCUCGGAUAGUUUUUUUUUUUUUCCCCCCUCUCUCUUUCUCCAAUCGAUAGAGAGCAUCUGUGCGGCAACUCUCGAUGCAACUCUCGUCUAUCUCUCCAACAACGACUCUGCGUAUCUACUGUGCCAGGUAUAUAUCCGCUUGAAGUCAUUGCAACCGGGACUUAAAGGGGAAUUAAAACUUAAGGGAGGGGAAAUGCGAGUACGGGGGAUGGGGGAUGCGAAAAAAGGGAUGGUGUCUAAAGCCCGUGUAAUUGCGAUCUCGGUGUAUUUUUAAUGAGGCGCGCGCGAGAUUUUUCGCUCGUUCGAAGGAAACGAGAAACGAUCCCGCGGGAUGAAAAGACGGGACAGGACGUUAACGGAGAUGAAAGGACGACGAAAGGUACCUGCAACCGCUUAUCACUUGGCUUUUCUCGUUCAAUUAUGGAAUUAUCUAUGGGGGGAGGGAAUUCGCGCAACGAACCCUCUGUUUCUCGUGUACCACAGUCGAUUAGACGAGAGAGUUAGUUAGUUAGUUUACGUUUUUUAAUUGGCAGAUAAAGUUUGCACGAUGUGGAAAUAUUAGGAGCAAUCGAUUCGAUCGAUUGUGUAUAUUGGUUCAGCUCGACGAUCAUCAUCCCGUGGGAAGAAAGGGUGAACAAGAGCAUUAAUGUGGUGAUUGGUUUAGAAGUUGACUGUACCCGCGAUCUUUGUCUAAAAAAAACGGGUAUUUAGUGGAAGUGAAUUUCUAUGGGCACAAUUGUAGUAUCGUUUUCCGAUGAAUGUAGAUCCGAUUUCCAUGAUUUUUUUUUUUUUUUUAGUAAUUUAUAGGCACAUUUUGUCAAAUUUUGACAAAGUUUUUCCCUAUUCGUCUUGUAAUUGUCGAUACUCUUGACAAAUUUUGAUACACUUUGAGGGGGAAAGAUGAUCUAUUUUGUUGUAUUAUACAUUAAUCGAUCGUUUCUUUCGUAAAAAUCGACCAGUUCUAUUCCCCGUCUCAUGCUGCCGGAAGAAACUUUUAUUAAUAAGAAAUAUCGUUAUUGGAUUAUUUUGUUACUGCGUAGAUAUACUUAAGAAAUCUCGUAGCUUUUUGAUCCACCUCAUUUUCGAAGCUCCGCAAUAACGUUGUUAUUGUCUCCAUUUAUCUAAAAAAGAAAAGAAAAAAAAAAAUUAAAUCGAUUUUUAAUCAACGAUUGCGAAUAAUCUUCGUUUCUGUCAUCGAAGUAUUAAAUUCUUGAUCUGCAAUCGUAAAGAUGCAGAUCACGAGUAUACCGUCCGACAUUUACAAAUCCGACCAUACUUGGAGAUUAGAUGCAUAAUUAAUUUGAUAAAAAAUUUAAUUUCACGAGGGGGUAGGAGAAAGCAUCUGAAUGGGAAUGACUGGAUCAAAAAUAUUAUUAGAUAUUUCUCGAGACAAUUUCAAAUCGAUCGUUUUUUAUCGAAAAGAUUUUUAUAAUUUUUAUAAUAUUUAUCUGCUAUAAAAUAAAAACAAAAGAUAAUUUCGAUUAUAAUAAUUUCUUUGAUUUUGAAAAUACGAUAAAAAUGUAAUAAAAUUAAUCGCAUAAUAUAGAGACAAAUGUAAUAGUGUUUUUUUUUUUAAAGAUUGAUAGAUUAUUAUAUUACGGCACAUUUAAAUAACAAAUUCGACAGUACAAAUAAAUUUAGUUAAUUGUGAGGGAAAUUUAAAUAUCUCGCUAGAUUUAUUCCAGAAAUAAUGUAUUCGUUCGAGAAGCAUUCGCAAGAUAAAUGAAAAACAUGUUGAAUUCAUUCCAAAAAAGAACGAUAAAUAAUCUUCCUAAUUAUGCUAUUUCUGUUUUGAAAUGUAUUUUUUUAAACGUAUUCUUAAACGGUUCUUUCAAACGUAAUUGAAACACUUCAUUAAAGCGAAAAAGUUCGUAACAAUUAAUUAAUUCUCGGAAAUGAGAUGUAAAACGUUGAUCUGAUAUGGUCGAGUAUAUAAAAAUUAGCAGAAAUUAUACAUUGGUACAAUAAAAAUAUUAAUUUUCUCCUGAAAUUAAAGACCGUGAAAAAUAGAAGAAGAAAAAACGUGAACUUUUAAAUCUAAUUUUCGAGCACACAAAUUACCGUAUGGUAACGAUAUAUAUUAACGAUUAUAUUAUCGUGUGAAUCAUCUAGAUUUAAGUGUACCAUAUUGCGUGUCAUAUGUUUAAAUAUCGUUCGUUUGUAUUGUACUGUAAAUCGCGUGAAAUUAUAUAUUGCAUUAUAUUGCAUUUAUUUACUCAUCGAUCUAUCGUAAUCAUUCUUCGAAGACUGACACUUUUGAAAUUGAGAAAAUUUGUGUAAUUUCAUUUUAGCUUUAGUUCUAUAGAUUUCUCGAUAAGGAAUUGCGUUCGUAACAACAUAAAAGGAUUCAUAAUGACGAGGUGAAGAAUGAUCUAUAAAUUUCUUUAAUAUAAUUGAACUUUGAAGAUAUCAAAAGUAUACUACGAUUAUAAAUAAAUGAUCCACGUUUUCGAAGAAAACGUGUAAACGCUUCUAAAGGGGAAGAUUUCGUCAGAAAGUGUUAAAGAUUUUGUUGUGAACCAGCAUUGUUGAUAUUAAAAAAAAAUAUAAAAAUUUAGAAAGUUUUCCUUAUAAAAUAUUUCUUUUGACUGUGGGAACAUAGAUCAUGCCAUUUCUGUAUGAAAAAAAUAUAUGUAUAUCGAUAAAGAUAUGGAAGGAGCUUAACAAAAGAGACAAAAGAUAUACAAUAGGUUUUUCCUAUUCGUGGACAAUGCUGGUACAAGUGCAAGAUCAAUUGAUUACUCAAGAUUACUUUCCAGAGUUUUCGAAAAUAUUUGUGACAUAAAGUAUGAAGCGUAGAUUAGAACUUUAUGUCCUUUAAAAGUGGAACAAAGAAAUACGAAAUAGUAUAAAUAAUAUAUUAGAUAUUACUGGUAAAUAAUCUUGAGUGAUCAAUUUGAUUUUGAAAAAAUUAUAUUGCGAAUAGUUCUAAAUAAAAAAUAAUAAUAAUAAUAAUAAUAAUAUUGUGCUUUCUCGAUUGAUCGCUGAAGUCGUGUCCUAAUCAUCGUUGAAACUGCCUAACUCAUUCCAUCGCCACUUGUUUAAAAAAAA